AUGAGUGCUUCGAGGGGUGAGGGAGGGAAUGUUACAAGGACUCUCGAGGCGACACGAGAUGGUGCGGCGUACGCCCCGGUUUGCGCGGUGUUUACAUGCUGCGUGUGCCGCCGCACAGUUCAACUUGAUGGAAAAAAUGUUGCGUGUCAUAAGAGUCUCGUCACCCCAACCGCAAGACGCCUUUUAUCGCCAUUUUCAACAUCAACACUACCUGCUGGGGGGUUCCUGAUGUCAUCCCGAGCGUCGAGCCGCUUGGACGAUGAGGAAAGCGAGCGGCGGCGUAUUCGGGAUCGUCACAUGGGUGCUCUCCACAAAGUCGAAGAGGCAUGGUCAAGGCAAGAGGAGCGGGAGCAGCAAACGUGCCUCGAGGAACCCUGUGACGUGGUGGGCAAACGUGAGCUGCAAGAAACUCUGCGGCGGCAGAGGCUGCAUCCCGCCAUCAAAGGGUCCCUGUUAAGUGCGGCGGGAAAGUACGCUCCGCUCGCACCAUCGCCACUAUCACCGUGGCUUAACGAACGGCAUGCUCUACUGAAGAAAGAUUUACGUCCCAUGCGAGUAAGCACACCUCCGGCGAUGUCGUCGGACAUGAGGCGCACAACAAGGGCCCAAAGUCGUAUGGUAACGCGCCUCUCGCCAUUUUUCGUAUACCAGUAUGAGUGGUUGGCCACUGAAGAGUUGGCGGUGUACAUACAAGAGCUUUGGCGCAUGCUCUAUGAUGGUCCGGUUCCACCGCCGCGGCCAUCAAGUCAAUUGACCGUUCAACGUGCCGAAUUUUGCUCGAACCAACCGACGGUGGCUGCCAUCGCUGCACCUGCGUUUACUGUCACGCCCCCUAGUGGAACUCAUCAGCGUGAGCCAAUACGCUUGGUGUCCCAGUUAUCAUUGCCGACUACGUGUGAUACUUUGCCGGUAUCUGCCGUUGGGCGCACUCAGUCGCUUUCUGUGCUUUCGGAGGACAUAUCUGCUUUCCAUCCUCACGUGUCUUUCACCUCGGAAAAUGCUGUGCAUCUGCACAUCGGUCUAACAACAGGACAAGCAGUGCCAUAUUCGCCAAGAAUUCUUCAUACACGCAAAAUUACGUCCAUGACGCCUCAUGCAGCGGAACUUCCCGGUGCGGCAAACACCACAGCUGUGCAGCGGGCAAGGGCAGCUGGCGGUGCAUCUCCCAUGGCGACAAUAUCUUCUUCGUCGCGGAAGUCAUGUCCCGCAUCUCCCUCUAGGGAGGCAUUUCUCUCAAACUUUGCUCGAAAGUUACUGUGCCUCGUGGUGCAUAAGAGCCGCACGGACGUUCCACUCUGUAUGUCUUGUUGGAAAGACUCGCUGGAGUCGCAGCAAAAAGAGACGACUCGCACCAUGGAGGAUGUUACUGCCCUCACUGCUGUGUAUACCAACCCUGAUGCGAAUAGCAUCAUCCUUUGCUUUUGCCGACGUCUUCAGCGUGAAGCGGCGAGAGUUGGGGCACAGAACAGUUUCACACGGCGGUUGGGCAUCACCAAUGAUGACGGCAAGCCUUUGGAGAGGCAGCAACAUUCAGAGGCUGACAAUGUGUUGGCAUGCGUUGCUGCAGCACAGAAGGAUGUCGUGCGGCAGGAGUCGUUGCACCGCCUGCAGGUUGAGGUGUGGGAAAAGGAAGAGAAGUCGCGCCUAGUGGUGAAAUCACGUCAAGCACUUCAGGGUGAAUUGACAGCGCUCUUAAAGCGACGCACGGCAGUAAAGGCUGAGUGGGAGAUGGUAACCGCCAAACACAAUGCUCAGCAAGUGGUUUCCUUCUUUAAUUUAGAAGACGCCGCGUCAGGAGUGUCGCUGCGCACGCAGCACGCAGCCUGUAGUUAUCGUUGGAUGUCUAAAAUGCAUGCGAUGUCUUUGGCAUUCCCUAUCGACAUUAGUGGCGCGGUGGCAACCAUCGCAGGACUGCGACUUGGAAAAUGUUCCGCAUCUGCAUCGUCACGAAGCCGUUCCUUAACUUGGACAUCACACGAGUUUGUCUCAGCAUCAUCGUCAGAGUCUGGCUCCGCAGUAGAGAUGGAUAGAUGUGUAGAGUCUACAGUGUUGAUGAACCUGCUGUAUAUGCAGCAGGAAUACUCGCGCAGCCUCCUCGGGAGCCGCAACGACAGUGUGAGUGUAGCGGAAAUCAAUCAGGCGUGUGGAUAUCUAUUGCUGCUUCUGAAGCAUAUCAAGGAGCACCACCGUAUUCCUUUGGAGAAAUAUGUGCUUCGACUGAAUGGCGAGCAAAGUACCGUGGAGGUUGUCUCUGCACGAGGGUCACCGCCGCAGAUGACGUGCCGCUCGUCGGACUUUUUUAUUUGUGAGAAAUUAUUUUCAUGGAAGACGUUUGGUGCUGCAUGUGUCACGGUUGCGUCAUUUGUGCAGGAGCUUGUAAUGUGGAUGCAAGACCGUCUACUUGGGCUCCGAGAAGCCGUUCAUCGGCGCCUUACGGAAGAAGUGGCGGCGGUGCAUUCAGCGUGGGUGUCCUCUGCCACGCCUGUCUUGGAAUCACUGGUGCCUGCGGAGGCGCCAUAUGUUAUUAUGCAGGACAAGGUGGACGGUUUUCCCGUGUGCCACAGCGAUGUGAGUGAGGAGCUCUGGACGCUGGGGAUGAAGAAAUUGUUGGAGGUCGUUCGGUGGUGUGUGGCUGCCUCGAGGAACGUGGACGAGUUACAGCGUGUGUUGGAGGCGGCGUAG